AAAGAUUAAUUUUUUUACAACAACUUGUUAUCAUUGACUCCAUCAAUAUAAAGCUUCUAUUUUAUGCCAAUAACAGCCCACGAAAUCUCCUCCUAGAAUGGCCAAUCCAAAAGGAUCCUUUUUUCUUGCUCAAAUUGUGUUCAUCUUGAUAAUUUAUUAUCUGGGUAGUGGUGUUUCUGUUGACCCAGUUGAGCAGCAGAGACUUGAUAAGGUUCUGAAGCUUCCAGGGCAGAGUUUUAAUACCAGCUUUGAUCAGUAUGCCGGAUAUGUUACUGUCAAUGAAGAGUCUGGGAGAGCCUUGUUUUAUUGGUUGAUAGAAGCUGAUGAAGACCCUGAUUCUAAACCUCUGGUUCUUUGGCUCAAUGGAGGGCCUGGAUGUUCAUCCAUUGCUUAUGGGGAGGCAGAGGAAAUCGGUCCAUUUCAUAUAAGACCAGAUGGGAAGACACUCUAUUUGAACCCUUAUUCUUGGAAUCAAGUUGCCAACAUUCUGUUUCUUGAUUCUCCUGUUGGAGUUGGUUUUUCGUAUUCAAAUACGUCCUCUGACCUCUUGAACAAUGGUGACAGAAGGACUGCCAGGGAUUCCCUGGCAUUUUUACUGAAGUGGCUUGAACGCUUCCCACAGUUUAAAGGAAGGGAUUUCUAUAUCACUGGAGAAAGCUAUGGAGGACAUUAUGUUCCUCAGUUGAGCCAAGCUAUCGUGAGGUACAACAUAGCAACUGGGGAUAAGACAAUCAAUCUAAAGGGUUACAUGGUGGGAAAUGCUCUAACUGAUGAUUUCCAUGAUCACUUGGGGGUUUUCCAGUUUUUGUGGGCAGCUGGUCUGAUAUCGGAUAACACAUACAAAUUACUAAACAAUUUUUGUGAUUUUCAGUCAUUUAUUCACAGCUCAAGUUCUUGUGAAAAGAUUCUAGAUAUUGCUAGUGAAGAAAUGGGGAACAUCGACCCAUAUAGCAUUUUCACUCCUACCUGCACUGCUAAUGUUAGCCAGUCAAACCGGCUGCUGAAAAAAGUGCAUGCUAUCGGUCAUGUUAACGAGAAGUAUGAUCCUUGCACUGAGAAGCACUCUGUUGUAUACUUUAAUCAUCCCGAGGUUCAAAAUGCACUCAAUGUUAUACCAGCAUUUGCACCAGAAAAAUGGGAUACUUGCAGCGAAACGGUAAAUAAUAACUGGAAGGAUUCUCCUUUAUCAGUACUGGACAUAUAUCAUGAGCUUAUUCGUCAUGGACUUCGAAUAUGGAUGUUCAGUGGUGAUACAGAUGCCAUUAUCCCAGUUACAUCCACCCGAUACAGCAUCGAUGCGCUUAAGCUUCCAACUAUAACACCGUGGCAUGCCUGGUAUGAUGAAGGACAGGUGGGAGGAUGGACACAAGAGUACGCCGGACUGACCUUUGUUUCAGUGAGAGGAGCGGGCCAUGAAGUCCCACUGCAUAGACCCAAACUGGCUCUCACACUCAUCAAAUCCUUCUUAUCAGGAAGCUCAAUGCCAAGCUUGGAACAAGUCAGCAUCACUGAUUCCUGAAGUUCAUUGCUUCUCUUCACAGUUGAAAUGGAUGAUCAAAGAAGCACUUCACAGGGAAUGUUAUAUGUACGCCUGGUCAUAGGUAGAUCUUUGAAAUCCAACUUAAAUUAUAUUUCAUUUGCAGUUGAGUUGUUAAAUAAAGAUAAUACUGGGAGUUCAGCUACAAUCCCUUAUUUCUUGUGAAUUCUGAACUGAUGCUUGACAAAAUUAUUUCUUGUUAUUUUUGAA